AUGGAGAUUCGAGAUCGAGUUGGAGUCGGAGUCGGAGUUGGAGUUGGAGUUGAGGAAGCUGCGACUGCGAUCGGAAAACCCAUGCUGAUCCUGUUGGCCCUGGCAGGCCUUGCUGCUGUCUGUGUCCGGGCGGAUGUGUCCCAUCUGUUUGGGGGCGGUGGCCACGGGCACCAUCACGAGCACGAUCAUCACGAUCAUCACGAUCAUCAUGACCAUCAUGAUCAUCACGAUUAUCACUACGAUGCCCAUGCCCACUCCUCGCACGCCAGUCACCAAGAUGGCCACCACGAUCUGCACAUAGAUCUGCACUACCAGCCAGAGCCCCACCACCAUCACCAUCAUGUGGAGCAGGAGCCCAAGUUCAACAUUCCCAGCGGCUACAGCUAUGGAGGACCACCGCCGGCUCCGAAGAGCAGCUACCUGCCGCCAGCGGAGAAGCCUCGCCAGAAGUAUCUGCCACCUAAGGCGUCGCUGCCGCCACCACCACCGCCGCCAGCCCCCAAGACCAGCUACUUGCCCCCUUCCAAGCCGGAAGUGAAGUAUCUGCCCCCUGCACCUGCACCCGCGCCUUAUCUGCCCCCUAAGGUCGCCCCCAGCCUGCCGCCACCACCUCCGCCACCAGCCGUUGCACCGAAGCCCAGCUACUUGCCUCCUGCCAAGCCGGAGAAGAGCUAUCUGCCACCAGCACCGGCCAACAAGUACCUGCCCGCAGAGGAGCCCGUGGCCAGAUAUCUGCCUCCCAAGGUGGCUCCCAGUCUGCCGCCGCCACCACCGCCCCCGGCAGUGGCGCCCAAGACCAGCUACCUGCCACCCGCGCCCCGGCCAGAGUCGAGCUACCUGCCGCCCAAUGCGGAGCAUCACCACCACCAGCACCAGCAUCAGCCAGAGAUCGACUUCCACAUCCCGAUACCAUCGUACGCCCUGCCCCUGCAGUCGGAGAACCACGUCCACGUCCCCGAGCAGGGCUACCAGUACAAGCCGCCACUGCGUCGCUUCAGGCAAUAG